UACUGUAACGCUGCUGGGCUCCGGUGCCUGUGCCAGUCUCGCGUAAAACCUUCACAGACGAGCAAUGAGCGCGUGCAUGACGGUCUGACGGAGAGCUGCUGAUGAAAAGGCGUGAUGUCAAGCCGCUGUCAGUUUCACAGGACUGUGGGAAUGUGCCGUGCGCUUGGCAAUGCGCGCUCGUGAAUGACCAUCUUCCGGCGUUGACGGUAAAUUUUUGCUGCAUAGAUCAGUUACCUGAAGCCGCGGCGGCGUCCGUUCAUUCAUCGUCUCGCACGCGAGAAUUCUUCGAGGAAUUGUGAGAAAUUUAUUGAAGGGUGCUGCUCUAGCUUUGAAGACUCGGCAUUCGCAUUCGGAUGUGGAUCUAUCUGUCAAAACUGAGCUGAACGCAGAGGCAUCUUUUAAGUGCAACAUUAGAGACCAUCCCCAGCUUUCUUCGGGAUUGUAGAAACAUGUGAAGACUCUGGUGUGGCACUGGAUUACAGAAUUAGCAUUCAGACUGCGAGAACAAAGGCCUUCUUGAACUUUUCUAAAGUCUUCAUUUCCUAACCUGUCAGGUCCCUCAAACCAUGGGGGGACAGCAGGAUUCACAGAGGACUUUGAAGCAAAGCCCUGGGCAGGGUUUUACAUUGUCCUUUACAUGCUGGUUAUUAGUUUUAAUCUUGCCUGUAGUUUGCUGUGAACAGUCAUUUACAACGUUUUACCCUGAGCGACGAGAAUGGGCCUUCAACCACCUGACAGUUCACAAGACAACAGGGGCACUCUACAUUGGUGCCGUCAACCGUGUCUACAAGUUAUCAGGCAACCUAACACUAUUAGUAUCCCAUGAUACUGGUCCAGAAGAUGACAACAAGGCUUGUUACCCUCCACUUAUCGUUCAGCCUUGCUCUGAACCACUGAUUUCUACCAACAACAUCAACAAACUAUUACUCAUUGAUUACUCCCAGAAUCGACUGCUUGCCUGUGGAAGCCUCUACCAAGGUGUCUGCAAAUUGCUACGGUUGGACGACCUCUUUAUCCUGGUGGAACCCUCACACAAAAAGGAGCAUUACCUCUCCAGUGUCAACCAGACAGGCACAAUGUAUGGAGUCAUUGUGCCCUCACAGGGUAAAGAUGGGACCCUCUUCAUUGGUACUGCCGUGGACGGGAAGCAAGACUACUUUCCAACAAUCUCCAGCCGAAAGCUUCCACGUGACCCAGAGUCUUCAGCGAUGCUGGACUAUGAGCUUCACACUGACUUUGUUUCAUCCCUUAUCAAAAUUCCUUCUGACACUCUGGCAUUGGUCUCUCAUUUUGACAUCUACUACAUUUAUGGCUUUGCUAGUGGCAAUUUUGUCUACUUUCUGACCGUUCAGCCUGAAACACCUGAGAACAGCAUGUCUUCCAGUGGACCCUCAAAUGACUUGUUUUACACCUCUCGAAUCGUCCGACUCUGCAAAGAUGACCACAAGUUCCACUCCUAUGUGUCUUUGCCUAUUGGUUGUGUUCGAAACAGAGUUGAAUAUCGCCUUCUGCAGGCAGCAUAUCUGGGCAAGCCUGGGAGAGUGUUUGCGGCAUCCCUUAACAUCAGUGCUCAGGAUGAUGUGCUCUUUGCUGUCUUUUCCAAAGGACAGAAACAGUACCACCAUCCACCUGAUGACUCUGCCCUCUGCGUCUUUAGUAUUCGGGACAUUAAUGCACGGAUCAAGGAGCGUAUGCAGUCCUGCUAUCAGGGAGAGGGGAACUUGGAGCUCAACUGGCUGUUGGGAAAGGAUGUACCUUGUACAAAAGCGCCUGUCCCUAUUGAUGACUCCUUCUGCGGUUUGGACAUCAACCAGCCCCUUGGCGGCUCUCAACUGGUGACCGGGCACACACUUUAUACAGAAAGCCGGGAUCGCAUGACUUCGGUGACCUCCUAUGUCUAUAAUGGCUUCUGCGUGGCUUUUGUUGGCACCAAGAGUGGACGACUGAAAAAGAUUCGGGUUGAUGGUCCUCCUCAAGGCGGCGUCCAGUAUGAAACUCUUUCUGUCAUCAAAGAUGGAAACUCGAUUCUCAGAGACAUGGCCUUUUCCCUGGACAACAGCUACAUCUACGUCAUGUCGGAGAGACAGGUGACCCGGGUGCCGAUCGAGUCCUGUGAGCAGUAUAGCACAUGCGGAGAGUGUCUGAGUUCAGGAGAUCCACACUGCGGCUGGUGUGUCCUGCAUAACAUAUGUUCUCAAAGAGAUCGUUGUGAGCGGGCAAACGAGCCGUACCGCUUUGCCGCCACGCUGAACCAGUGUGUGAAAGCUACAGUGUACCCAGACAGCAUCGCCGUGUCUGAACCCAGCGUACCGCUGCUUGUGAAAGUGACAGAUGUUCCGGAUCUUUCCGCUGGAAUCACUUGCUCCUUUGGGAACCUGACAGAGGUUGAGGGCCGAGUGAAUGGCAAUCAGAUUCUCUGCAUUUCUCCGGCUGCUAAAGAUGUUCCCAUCAUCCCCGCUGAUCAAGACUGGUCAGGUGUGGAGCUCAGGCUGAACUCCAAGGAAACGGGUCAGAUGCUCAUUAGCACUGAGGUGAAGUUCUACAACUGCAGUGUACACCAGCUGUGUCUUUCCUGUGUGACCAGUUCCUUCCGCUGCCACUGGUGCAAGUACAGGAACCUCUGCACACAUGACCCCUCCAGCUGCUCCUUCCAGGAGGGACGAGUCAAUGCCUCAGAGGACUGCCCUCAACUGGUGCGCUCUGAGGAGAUCCUGAUCCCAGCAGGAGAGGUGAAGCCCAUCACCCUGAAAGCUCGGAACCUUCCACAACCUCAGUCGGGGCAGCGCGGAUACGAGUGUGUGUUACACAUUCAAGGAGUCAGUCACAGAGUCACGGCGCUCAGAUUCAACAGCUCCAGCGUGCAGUGCCAAAACAGCUCGUAUCUGUAUGAAGGCAUGAGAAUUAGUGAGCUGCCUGUGGAUUUCUCAGUUGUCUGGAAUGGAAACUUCAUCAUUGACAAUCCUGAGAACAUCAAAGUGCACCUGUACAAAUGUGGCGCUCAGCGGGACAGCUGCGGUGUGUGUUUGAAGGCCGAGAGGAAGUUUCAGUGUGGAUGGUGCAGUAUGGAGGGCCGAUGUACCCUGCGCCAGCACUGUCCCAUGACCAACCCCUACACCAGCCGCUGGCUACACCUCGCCAGCACCAAUGUCAAGUGCACCAACCCUCGAAUCACCGAGGUAACCCCAGUGGCCGGACCACCAGAAGGGGGCACCAGAGUGACCAUCCGUGGUGUGAACCUGGGCCUGUCCUUCUCUGACAUGGUGAACAACGUGCAGGUGGCAGGAGUCCAGUGUACGCCACAGGAGAACGGCUACAUCAUCGCUGAACAGAUUGUAUGUGAAAUGGAUGCAGCUCCAGUGGACAGUAAAGCCGGACCGGUCCAUUUGUGUGUAGGGGAGUGUAAACCGGAGCUCCAGACUCGCUCUUCUCAGCUCUAUUCCUUUGUGAUGCCAUCGGUCACAGGUUUGUCUCCCAGUCGUGGUCCGGAAUCUGGAGGAACAAAAGUAACCAUAAUGGGGGAAAACCUGGGAGCAGGCAGCAGUGUCACUGUGCUUUUUGGGAACCAGACCUGCGAGUUUUACGAACGAACUAUGACAGAGAUUGUGUGUUACUCUGCACCAUCUCUGACGGGCGUGGGUUCGGUUCAGAUCAGCGUGAGUGUGGAUCGCGCCCAAGUUCGAGACAUCCUGGCUUUUGAGUAUAUAGACGACCCCACUGUUCAGCGAAUCGAGCCGGAAUGGAGCAUCGCAAGCGGACACACACCUCUGGUGGUGACCGGGACGAACUUGGAUGUGAUACAGGAGCCGAGGAUUCGGAUCAAGUACGGCGGGCGGGAAUCCGUAAACGUGUGUAAAGUUCUCAACACCACCACUAUGAGCUGUUUCGCUCCCUCUCUGACGGCAGAGUACAGGCCUGGAUUGGACUCAGUUAAACAUGCGGACGAGUUUGGCUUUAUUUUCAACAAUGUCCAGGCUCUUCUAGUGUACAACAACACAAACUUCAUGUACUACCCGAAUCCUUUCUUUGAACCACUCAGCACCAAUGGUGUUCUGGAGCAGAAACCUGGCUCACCUAUCAUUUUAAAGGGUAAGAAUCUGGUUCCUUCAGCCGCUGGAGGAGUGAAGCUCAAUUACACUGUUCUGAUUGGAGAGACUCCCUGUUCUGUCACUGUAUCUGAGUCUCAACUGCUGUGCGAACCUCCAAAUCUUACCGGACAGUACAAAAUCAUGGUGCAGGUCGGUGGUCUGCACGUGUCUCCCGGCUCAGUAAACAUUCUCUCCGACAGCCUUCUGACUCUUCCUGCCAUCGUGAGCAUCGCGGCCGGUGGAGGCCUUCUCCUCAUCAUCGUCAUCCUUGUGCUCAUUGCCUACAAGCGUAAAUCCCGUGAGAACGACCUCACGCUCAAGCGCCUUCAGAUGCAGAUGGACAACCUGGAGUCCAGGGUCGCGCUGGAGUGCAAGGAAGCUUUUGCAGAACUGCAGACAGACAUCAACGAGUUGACGAGUGAUCUGGACCGGGCUGGUAUUCCCUAUCUGGAUUAUCGCACAUAUGCCAUGAGAGUGUUAUUCCCCGGCAUUGAGGACCAUCCUGUGCUCAGAGAGCUGGAGGUCUCUGGUAACGGGCAGUUGUGUGUGGAAAAAGCUCUGAAGCUGUUCGCCCAGCUGAUAAACAACAAGGUGUUUUUGCUGACGUUCAUCCGUACACUGGAAAUGCAGCGUUCGUUCUCCAUGCGUGAUCGCGGUAACGUGGCGUCGCUCAUCAUGACGGCUCUACAGGGUCGACUGGAAUACGCCACGGACGUCCUCAAACACCUGCUGUCCGACCUCAUCGACAAGAACCUAGAGAGCAAAAACCAUCCCAAACUACUGCUCAGGAGAACGGAGUCUGUCGCUGAGAAGAUGCUAACCAACUGGUUUGCUUUCUUACUUCACAAGUUCCUGAAGGAGUGUGCAGGUGAGCCACUCUUCAUGCUGUACUGUGCCAUAAAACAGCAGAUGGAAAAAGGCCCAAUAGACGCCAUCACUGGAGAGGCCCGAUACUCCCUCAGCGAAGACAAACUCAUCCGACAGCAGAUCGACUACAAGACGCUGAUCUUAAACUGCGUCAACCCAGAGAACGAGAACAGCCCGGAGAUCCCGGUCAAGGUUUUGAACUGUGACACCAUCACGCAAGUCAAGGAAAAGAUUCUGGAUGCUGUGUAUAAAAACAUGCCGUAUUCACAGAGACCCAAAGCUGUAGACAUGGACCUGGAGUGGCGUCAGGGACGGAUGGCCCGCGUGGUCCUGCAGGAUGAAGACAUCACCACCAAGAUUGAAAAUGAUUGGAAGAGGCUCAACACUCUCAUGCACUAUCAGGUGUCCGACCGCUGUGUAGUGGCUUUGGUGCCCAAGCAGACGUCCUCCUACAACAUUCCACCCACAACUAGCAUCUCCCGGACAUCUAUCAGCAGAUACGACUCAACAUUCCGGUACACGGGCAGUCCGGACAGCCUGCGCUCUCGUGCUCCAAUGAUUACUCCAGAUCUGGAGAGCGGAGUCAAAGUCUGGCAUCUGGUGAAGAACCAUGAGCAUGGGGACCAAAAGGAGGGCGACCGCGGCAGCAAGAUGGUAUCUGAGAUCUACCUCACCCGCCUGCUAGCUACUAAGGGUACGCUACAGAAAUUCGUGGAUGACCUGUUCGAGACUCUUUUCAGUACAGUUCACAGAGGCAGUGCGCUUCCUUUAGCAAUCAAAUAUAUGUUUGACUUCCUGGACGAGCAAGCGGACAAGCAUGGCAUCCAUGACACUGAUGUCCGCCACACCUGGAAAAGCAACUGCCUUCCUCUGCGCUUCUGGGUGAAUGUGAUCAAGAACCCCCAGUUUGUUUUUGACAUUCAUAAGAGCAGCAUCACGGACGCCUGUCUGUCUGUGGUGGCUCAAACCUUCAUGGACUCCUGCUCCACAUCUGAACACAGACUGGGCAAGGAUUCACCCUCUAAUAAGCUGCUUUAUGCUAAAGAUAUCCCCAACUACAAGAACUGGGUAGAAAGGUACUACGCUGACAUCAGCAGGCUGCCAGCCAUCUCUGAUCAAGACAUGAAUGCGUAUUUGGCGGAACAGGCCAGACUUCACUCCAGCGAGUUUAACAUGCUCAGUGCCCUCAACGAGAUUUACUCCUACAUUAGCAAGUACAGCGAAGAGAUCACAGCUGCACUGGAUCAAGACGAGACGGCCAAGAAACAGCGAUUGGCCUAUAAAGUGGAGCAGCUCAUCGCCGCCAUGUCGCUGGAGAGCUGAGAGAAAGAAAACAAGAGCUUCACUCAAUCCAACCAUCAUCCGAAACCUCUCCACACCAGAAGAGAGCAACACUUGCUAGAGACACCACACCAACAAUAGCUUGUGCUUUUUUUCGAUUCUGUGAAGCGGUCACUAUUUGAUGAAAGCAAGUCUUCACAUGGCUUUCGUCUUAAUGAUGGGAUCAAGACUGGAAACUUCAGUUUUUUAGUUGUUUCUUUUUAAGGGGAAAAAAAAGAUAAACAUUGCGGGACGAGCAGCUUCCUGAGGCAUUUUGUUUUGUUUUUAGUUCAUCUAUCUGAUUAGCGUGAUGGAUGCAAGACUCGAUUUCAGGAUCUGACGAGACCCCGAUACUUCCUCAACAAAAAUGUGCUUGCUAAAACCAUUUCAGGAGGAUUCGACAGAAGGAAACAGACAUCUACUGCCUCGCCAUUACCGUCCAGUUGAUGGCUUUUACUUCCAAAUUUUAUUUUUAUACAUGAGUUCUUUCUGUUGAGUCGGCUAGCGUAACUCCUCAUCUUUGGUGUGGCGAAAGCUCGAGUGGCUUCUUGUCCUUGGAAAGCUACCCACACGCGCGUGUGCAUGUCCACACUCUAGUAAUCCCUCCAACCUGAGAGACAGCAAAGCAUCUUAGGUGAUGAACGCAAAAUGGGGCCCAAAGUUUAACCAGCAUGUCCCAAACUAUCUUGAAACGACAGCGAAGGACCACAGACCAGUUUGGAACUGGACCAACUCGGCUCUCUAUGUGCAUAUGUCCUGUUUUCUACAUGUAAGCGUAUGUGAAUGUACAAACGUUACUCUAUUUUGUCUUCGCAUUUUUUGUUGCUUUUCUAAAAAACAAACGGGGGUCAGUUGAGCUGAUCUCCGCGGCACGACGUCCUACAGAACUGAACCUCCCUCCAUAGUAGCGCUGCUGAGAUUUAGUAAGGAAAGCGGCGACGAGUUGCACCUUCAGCUCAAACAUGGAGGAAAAACCCUGUCAAACGAGACUCGCUUGAGAUCAUCUUACCGGAAAGUAUUAAUUAUUAUGUAUGGUCCAAUGUGUGUGUAGUCUGCAUGCAUUAUACAGUACCUCAUAUAGAAAAAAAGAAUAAUAAUAAUAUCUCCUUUCCCAUUUACUCCUGUUGUUCAAGUGCCAAGAGGUCAUGUGAGUUGUGGAUGACUCAGAGGAACGCCUAUGAUGAUGUAAUAUACCAUGUCACUUCCUUUCUGUACACAUCCGUCGGGAUUAAGUGCCAAAAGAUCACUUACUUACGCACUUGUCGGUUGAUGCUUUAUUAAGGGAACGGACCCUGUAUACUGUACAAUAACAAAAGAAUCUCCGGUUUAGAAGUUCACUCACUCAACUUUCAAAUUCAGGUACGAAAAGACCUUUAGAACGGAGUUUGUAAAUAUAAAGUAUUUGUAAAAUACUUUAGAUCUUGAUAGCUUGAGUGGGAUUUUUUUUUUUUGUAUUAUUAUCCCCCCGCCUGACAUGAAAUAUGUCAACAGAACGCAUGAACAAAAGACAACACGGCUUUCAUUUAUAAUGCAUGAUGGCAGGUUUUUUGAAGAUCAUCCGAAGCCAACUAGACAAGGUCGUUCAGGUCAGAGUCAUCUAAGGUUCACGGAGGUUUUCGGGAUUUAACUUCUCAACAGUAAAAAUGCAGUAUCGGAUGUGAAGAUACCGACUCAAAUGGCCGAAAUGGUUGUUUCUUUUCCCCCCCUGUGGCCUUAGAACAUUUAAUCUGUUGUUUCUCGUUGAUUAAAUCAGCGACGUGUCAUUUUUCUCCCGGUCUUUGUGAACUGUUGGAGACUGAUCAGAUCUCUCUCUCAGACGGGUGGUGUUGGUGGAGCAUAGGAAUGAGAUGGAGACAGACAGACCCCUUUAGCUUCAGAUUCCUCCUGCUGCUUUGAAGCUCGCCUUUGAUCUCAACUAGUCAUGUGCACAGUGUGAUCGGAGAUAUAUAAAAAACACAUCAAAAAUAGGAUCCAGUGCAGGAGAUUAAUGAAGAGCUGCAUGAAAGACAAUGAAUUAAUCUGUUAAAGGAAUAGUUCAUCCGGAUGAUCGAUUAUUCACUCAUGGGUAUGUCCAAGUCUUGAAUUUCUUUUCCAUGGAGCACAAAAGGAGAAUUUUUUUGAAGGAUAUUUUGGUCAAUAUUUGACAAGCGAUUGCAAUGAAGGCUUUUAAAUGCUAUAACGGACACAAAAGCAUCUUACCAGUGUGUUUACCGAAUCAAUGAACUCAUUGAUAUAGUAUGACUCAAAAAUGACAGCUAUUUCAUAAAAAAAAUGGAGAUUUAAAGGAUUGUGGUCUAUUUCUUAAGACGUGGGACAAGUUAAAGAGUCAUUUCCAUACCUGUCAACAUUAGGAUGUGAAAGUAAGGGAUAUCGAUGGCUUUCCUAACUUUUUAUGCUCAUUUAAGGCUAAAUUUGUUGUUUAAAAGAAAACCCACUGAGAAUGCCAUGUUUAUAUGUUGUUGUUAUUAUUAUUAGUAUUAUUAUUGUUGUUGUUGUUAUGUGCAUAUGUCUGUUCAAACAUGCUCCUAAAACCCAGAGUUUUCGCUUCAAAUCGCAUGUACAAGGAAACAGCGUCUAUUUAUCACUAUGGAGCACAUCUGACAGUCACGCAACACUACAUGAACUGACUGUUUUGAGCAUUGCAUUGGAGGGGCAAUGCUGCUUGUAUUGGAAAGGAAGGGAAUCUGCUUAUAUUUAUUUUUAAAGUGUUUUCAUGCCUAAAUAAAAUCAAAACACAGAACAGAUUUGCAUUUAAGAGCAAGGGGCGGCCCCUGGAGGUUCUGCGGUAUGGUUUGCGUAUAGGGAGGAUUGUGUCUUUAAUAUUUAUUUCCACCCUUCAUUAUACAAUUGAAUGGGAAAAUGCCUUUACGGGAUAAUAACGGGAUAGAAUUGUGAAAUACAGGAGACAACAGGAGGGUUGACAGGUAUGGUCAUGAAAUUAAUUCUAUUUAUAUGCAAUAAGAAAGCAUUUUAGAUACUAGUGCCUGCUUUUUUCAAAUAUAUUUUAAAAUGUCAAAAUAGGGAACAAUGAACAUAUGGAACAAUGUAGCAUUUCCAUUCACUCUAACAGAUAUCCUAAAAAUAAAACAGUUGUUCUGACUUAUACUUGUCAAGAUACACUCACUGGCCACUUUAUUAGGUACACCUGUCCAACUGCUUGUAACGCAAAUUUCUAAUCAGCCAAUCACAUGGCAGCAACUCUUGACCAUUUAGGCAUGUAGGUCAAGAUGAUCUUCCACGAUCUUGUAUCAAUGGUUCAGGCUGGUGGUGGUGUAAUUGUGUGAGGGAUAUUUUCUUGGCACACUUUCAGCCCACUACUACCUACUGAGCAUCAUGUCAAUGCCACAGCCUACCUGAGUAUUGUUGCUUACCAUGUCCAUCCUUUUAUCUUCUGGUGGCUACUUUCAGCAGGAUUAGCGUGGCGUGUCAUAAAGCACUAACCAUCUCAGACUGCUUUUUUGAACAUGACAUUGAGUUCACUGUACUCAAAUGCCCUCUACAGUCAUCAGAUCUCAAUCCAAUAGAGCAGUGGAAAGUGUGUGAAAGUUUGUGGUGCAGCUGACAAAUCUGCUGCAACUGCAUGAUGCUAUCUUGUCAAUAUGGAGCAAAAUCUCUGAGGAAUAUUUCCAGAACCUUGUUGAAUCAAGAUCACAAAAGAUUAAGGCGGUUCUAAAGGCAAAAGGGGGGUCCAACCCGGUACUAGUAAGGUGUACCAAAUAAAGUGAGUGUAUAUCAAAUAAUUAGUCAUGCUAAUUUUUUGUAUAUUUUAUAAAAAUUAAAAACCUAGACGAGUUUUCAAAAAUGACAAAUGGGUAAAACUUGCACUUUAAAAAGUGAUUAGUUGACUAAAAAGGGAGUAAACCCGUUGCUUUUCAAGUAAUUUGUUGAUUUUAUUUAUAAAAAAAAUAAUAAACAUUAAGUCUUAAACUUAUUAAGUAGAUGAACUACACUGUAAAUAAUGCUGGGAUCCACACAAUUCAUUCAUGCCGUCCUGACACAAAUUGAUUGAGUUAACAAAUUAAUGUGGUUUGAAUAUAAAAAAAUGAAGUUGUUCCAAAACAAGUUGUUUUUAAGAAUUGAGUUGUUUUAACUCAUUUUAAAUAAGUAGUUUGAACAAGCAGCAAUAUAAUUAUGAGUGUAUGUGCAUAAAUGUAAAAAUUUAUUGUCAACUUCCAAGUUACAUCGGGUUCCUCACUUUUUUUUUUUUUUAAAGAAAAGUCAAGUCAAGGAAAGUAACGAAAUGCUUUUACAGUGAAGUUGUUUAAAGGAUUGUUUAAAGUAAAGGAAAACAAAUUCUGGUGUAUUCAUUACCAGAAUACUGUAAAAUACUUAUUAAAACAAAGACACAUCAUAAUGCACAGCAUAAAAAAAAACAUUAAAGCUAUUUUAAUGCAAGAAAGAAAAUCCUUUUUGUGUUUGACCCAUAAACAUUAUACGAUGCUUUUAUGUUCUCAUAUCUAUGGCGCUCUUACAAUUCACACCUCAAUUAAACGUACACGGCUUUAAGAAUGUUCACAAACACUCCUUUUGUGUUCCCUUGAGAAAAGAAAGUCAUUCAAUCAGACAGAUGUCCUCUUCAUCUUGGGAUGAACUAUUGCUUCAUGGCCAACUAUUGUAGCUCCACUCUUCCUGAACAACCACACAUUCCUCUCACACACACUGUACAGUCAACAUAUGUGAAUCUACAAGCCAUGUCGCAUGUUAGUGACAUUAAGGGUACAUGAUAAAGCUUCCUACUUUUGGUUAUCCGCAGUCUUCCCCGUUUAUCCUCCAUCAGAGCUCAUCCGGCUCUACAAGACCUUCCGUUGACUCCGUUUUUAAUGUGAACUUGAUUUGCUGCCGCAUCAGUCGAGGAGAGACGGCUCUCCUGUUUGUGCAAAAAUUCCGAGAACAAAAAGUAUUCUGGUCCUAACGUUUUGUUCCAAAUGAUGUGGCACAGGAAAUUGCACUUUGUUGAGAGAGAUUUCAGUUGCUCAACGCUUAUUAAUGUUUAUUAGAAGACAUUUGAUCCCUUGAAAUAAAAUGAAAAAAAAAAGUUAAUAAUUUUUAUUGCGCUAUUCUGCAGAGCAGAAUAAAAUAUGACAGCACCAGGCAGCUUUCCGAAAUAUCAGCAGUCAUCUGUGGCGGUCACAACUGCUGCUAAUUUUAUAUUUGGCACGAAUCUUGGGUCUUGGAAUCAAUUUUGUGCACUUUUAUUGUUUUUAGCUCAUGUUUUGCUCUGUGAUGGAAUAGCAUGCUACGAACAAGUGAAAUGUUCAUACUCUCUUCAUAUUACCGAUCGCAGUUGUUCCGAAGGAAACGAAAACAAGAGCAGGAAAAGCUUUUGUAGCGAGUUUGAAUGCCUCAGAGGUGACGGUCCUUCCAUUUUCAAUCACGCUAAAUUAUAAACCAAUCUCUCUUUGUAGACACUGGAGUCCUGUAACAUAGUACAUAGAAAUAAUAAUGACCUCGAUGAUGAUGAUGAUGAUGAUAACACUUACGGUUGUCUGUUCUUGUUGUUUUUUAAGUGUUGUGAAAAGUGUAAGAGAGUUAAAGUAUUUAAAAAGAAAAAAAGUCGGUCUUGUUUUUUUUUUAUUGCUUUCGUUUGUUAUAUUAUAUUACUGUGUACCUAUUGUAAAUAUGAAGCACACCUAUUUUGCAAGCCAAGGAUUCACUUUGUACUGUUGUUAUAUAUAAAUAAAAUUUACUGGUUAAAAAAA